AAGCACUCCCACACGACGUAGCCUUUCAGCGGAUCUGGGAUCUAGGCCGACGGCAAGUUUUUUGGGGGGGAGGCAGAAAAAAACACGUAGCCACCCCGGACUCCCUGGUACGUUGAUGAAAGCAAAAUGGAUCUUGAAUAGAGUUGGUGGCACUUUAUCUAACUUUGGAUGGAGUGUAGGCCUAUUUCUUUAUCCAGCGCAGUCCAAACGGAGCACAGAGGCACAGAGGGGGAUCGGAAUUUACCGGUGACAAGUCUGAGAGGGGAAAAAAAGAAAAAGAGCAUCCACUCGUUACAUGGAGCAAUCUUUAUUUUACUUUAUUUUUAAGCCUGCUUCAUUUGAAUCACAAUCAAGAUUUGAAGACCGAAGUCGAUGAAAAGUAGGCCUAUACGUCCAGAAAGGGACAACCCCGACUUUUCUCCUUUUAAACUUUGAAGAACAGCUCCAACUAUGGCGAAAAAGUACGAUUUUCUUUUCAAAUUGUUACUCAUCGGGGACAGCGGAGUGGGCAAAACAUGUCUGAUCAUUCGUUUAGCCGAGGACAAUUUCAACUCCACAUACAUUUCCACCAUCGGCAUCGACUUUAAAGUAAAAACCAUUGAAGUGGAUGGAAAGAAAAUAAAACUACAAGUCUGGGACACCGCAGGGCAGGAGAGGUUCAAGACCAUUACGACAGCCUACUACAGAGGAGCCAUGGGCAUCAUCCUAGUGUACGACAUCACGGACGAGAAGUCCUUCGAAAACAUUCAGAACUGGAUGAAGAGCAUCAAAGAAAAUGCAUCAGCCGGGGUCAGUCGAAUGUUACUAGGUAAUAAGUGUGACAUUGAAGCCAAGCGGAAAGUUGCCAAGGAGACAGGAGAAAAGUUGGCAAAAGAUCACGGCAUCAGAUUCUUUGAAACCAGUGCAAAGUCCAGCAUUAACGUGGAGGAGUCGUUUCUGUCUUUGGCGAGCGACAUACUACAGAAAAACAGCAAGAAACCAGGCCCCACAGGCAGGGAGGUGAAAAUCACCAGCAGUACAGAGAAAAAAUCCUCCAAAUGUGUUCUUCUCUAGAAAGGACGCUGGCCAGCAUCAAUGUUACAGAGGAGAAAAACUGUCUCCAUCUGGUGGGCUCAAAUAUCAAAUACAUACUGGUGCAUAGGUAUAGGUGUACAUACAUAGGCUUUUAUACAUAAACUGCUGGUAUUCCCUUUACAGUGUUUGUACUUUUGCUCCCCAAAAGCGUACUUUGCCAGAAAAAAAUGUAUGGAUUUGUAUAGUUGCCCUUUUCUUUCUCUGGCUUAUCGCCACAGUAUCAUCCUUACAAAAACACUGCUUAAUGUCUUCAGAGAACUUUAGCUGUUUUUUUAAAAGAUGUUUUUAGGACUGGGUAUGUAAAACAAAUACACCUCAGCUUAACAGAACCAUUGCAUUCAUUUCUUAUGUGUGAGCACAUGCAAUAGUAGCUUUUAGGAGCUCAGUGGCAGAGGAGGAGAGAAGAGUUUUGAUUCAUGCACAGCGGGCUCCUGGUUGUAGUCUUUGACCCAAAUGUUUUUCAUUCCAUUAAAUUCAAGGGGCCACUGGCAUUUCACAGAUUAUGUUAAAUUGUUUAAAUACUGGACAGAAUUGCUAAAUUAGUUACUGAAGAACGCCUUGGUUACCAAUGCUCGAGUUCAUUGUUUGAAAUUCAUCUAAUUGUAAUAUAUUGCAUCGACAGCACAGGCAAAUUGACAAUCUUGCAGUGCCACAUUUUAGUGGCACAUAAAUAUAUGGCAGAAAUGUCAUAGACGAAACAUUAAACUUUACAUUUUGGCUAAAUGUAAAGUAAUACAGUUUUUUGAUGUUUCAAUAGUGUACAGUAUUAUAACGCAUUCAGCAGAAUCUACAGCCACAGAUGCAAUUGGAUAUCAAACACCCUGAGUCUAGCAUGGACACAUCCUAUGAGAAGCUGAAAAUAUGCUCUUCACGUUGAUCAGUUAAACUAAUUGAUGUGGUUUUUAUGGAGCUGAAUCUGAAACCAACACUGGCGCUAUAAAGAAGCAAUGUUUUAAAUAUGAAUGGGAUGAGAAUGUGGAAGAUAGGAACAGAGAUAAGUGCAAUAUGAGAAGUGGAGAGAUGAAAGAAUGAUGGGUGAUGCAAGUGAAUGGCCAGGAUGUGAAGAAAGCAGCAGUGCUCACAUGCCCCUCAUUCUGAAUUGAUUUAGUGGGUCUUGCCUUUUAUCCCAAGUGCCUGGUAAAUUUCUUACUAAACAUGACCACACAUUAGCUACAUCUGACAUGAUAGUUUUUCUGUUCAGGCAAUUUCAGAUCAUUCAAAAUAGCUUUCAUUAUAGGCGCUCAUCUGCUCCUGACAGACGUACUGUAUUUCCUGUAUCUACUUUUUAUACAUUUUCUUUCACAUUCUGUGUCUUUUUAGACCUGCCACAAAAGACUGUAUGUAGUUUACAGAUCUGCCGCUUGCUGAAUAAAAAAUUAUGAGUGUGUUGUA